AUGGCUAGACGGAGAAGCAGCAGAGGAGCUGAUGAUAUUUUUGGUAAUAUUUUUGGUGAUUUUUUUGGCCAAAAUCGAGACAGGAGAGGAGCAGUGUUCCCCAGGAACAUACAAGGUGGUGAUAUCUUUAGUUCUUUCGGGGAACGAAUUAAAGCUUCUCCGAUUAAGGCCACCCUGUCUUGUAGUCUUGAAGAGCUCUAUCAAGGGGCUACCAAGAGGAUGAAAAUAACCAGACAUGUGAUUGGUCCAAGAGGCUUGGCCCAGGAAAUAGAGGAGAUUCUAACCAUUGACACAAAGCCUGGUUGGAAAAAAGGCACAAAGUUCACCUUCCCUGAGAAAGGGAACGAGCAGCCGAAUGUUGUAGCAGCCGAUCUAAUCUUCAUCGUUGAUGAAAAACCUCACCCUGUAUUCACUCGUGAUGGAAACGACUUGAUCGUCACACAGAAGAUUUCUUUAGCUGAAGCCUUGACAGGUUACACUGUCCAUCUCACAACCUUAGAUGGAAGGAAUUUGACCAUUCCGAUCAACAAUGUCAUCCAUCCGAACUAUCAGAAGGUUGUCCCAAACGAAGGGAUGCCAAUCCAAGGCGAUCUAACAAAGAAAGGAGUUUUGAAAAUCAAGUUCGACAUCAGGUUCCCAAGAAGGGUAAAUGCAGAGCAGAAGGCAGGAAUUAGGAGAAUUUUUGGUCCUUGA